CAAACGUUUGGCUCACCGCGUUCUGCGGCUGCACUCCAGGCGUUUAUUUUGCGUUGUUUUAAUGUUUUUUUUUUUUUUUUAAAUCAUUUUAACAUAAGUGAGAAGACACUUUGCAAGUUUUCUGUCGUCUGAAGAGACAUUAUGAGAGUCAGUGAAGUCCAUGCUGCGGAGUCUGUUGCCUACCUCCACAGGGCACUGGCCAGGCUGCAGGACAUUUGGGAAGAGAUCGGAAUUCUAGAGGAACAGCGUCUCCAGAGAACCAAUGAUGUUCACAAACAUAUCAAAGGUCUUCUGGAUCUCAUGAUUGCGGAAGAGGAAGGUCUCAAGAAGCGAUUGCAACUCGACAUUGAGUCUUGUGUCCGUGAGCUCAGUCAAUUGUGCCAGGAACUCCAGCUUCCUCCGUUUGAGGAAGAAGAUGGUUGCACUGUGUUGCAAAUGGAAAAGAACAGCCGCACCCGUCUUGAGGUGAUGAAAGGCCACAAGAAGCAGAGGCUUGAAGAGCUGAAGAGCCUUAUUGCCCAGGACCGUAAGCUGAGCGACAUUAUGUGCACCAAACCCUUCUGCAUCGACCAGGACGUGACUCCAUCUCUGAAGCAACUGGAGGAGUUUCGGAACUACUUGGCUGAUCUCAACAAAGAGAAGGAGCGCCGUCAUGAGGAGUUUGUGUGUGUGAAAAGGGAGAUUGUUUCCUGUAUGGAUGAGCUGGAGCAGGAACCGGAGACUAGCUUUGAAGUGGAUGUGAUGUGUGAAGAUGAAGAGGCAUUCUGUCUGUCCACUGACAACAUUGAUGCCCUCAAAGCUCUCCUCAAUCAGUUAAAAGAUCGCAAAGCUGAGAAGGAGCGCCAUUGUUCAGCACUUCGCACCAAAGUCCAGGAGCUUUGGGAGAGACUUAAGGUUCCCCAAGCGGAGCGCGACAUGGUGUCUGAGCACAUGGUCAACUCGAAGAGGAAGAACAUUGAAGCACUACAGGAGGAGCUGCAGCAUCUGGAGCUGCUGAAAAUGCAGAGCAUGAAAAGUGUCAUCGAGUCCAUCAGAGCAGAAAUUGCUGUGCUGUGGGAGAAGUGCUUCUACAGCAAAGACCAGCAGCAGGCCUUCUCCCAUUACCUCAGCGACGACUUCACUGAGACUCUCCUUGAGCUGCACGAGCAUGAGGUGCGAACUCUGAAGACGUAUUUCGAGGACCACAAGGAGCUCUUUGUCGGGGUGUCAAAGUGGCAGAACAACUGGACUGUGUACCUGGAGCUGGAUAGAAAAGCCAGUGACCCCUCAAGGUUCAACAACAGAGGAGGAAACCUGUUGAAAGAAGAGAAGCAGAGGAACGACCUGGCUAAAAGUUUGCCCAAGCUGGAGAAAAACCUGAAGGCCCAAAUUGAUGUUUGGGAGCAGGAGCACGGCCGGGAGUUCUACGUGAAUGGACAGAAGUUUCUGGAAUAUGUGCAGCAGCAGUGGGAGCAACAUCACGCCGAGAAAGAGAAGGAGAAAAUGGACAGGCAAAUGAAGAAAACCAAAAUGAUCCAGGAAGAAAUGUUGUAUGGGACAGUGAAGACGCCAAGCAAGCGGCGGCUAGCAACCACGCCCACGCCCGUCAAAGUUAGAAAGCUCAACGGAACCUCGACACUCUCCACACCCAACAGCUUCCUUGGUGGGACCAUAUGCCAGACCUCCAGCCUGAAGCCCCCACUCUCCGCCAGCAAGAGUCUGCGCACCCCGGGACACGCCAGGACUCCACGAGCACUGGACAGGAACAAGGAGAACAUCUCCCACCUCCACAGAAACACGCCAAGUGGAGCACUCAGGUCUCAGGAUACUCAAGAUCACACCUUCACCACUAGCUCCUAUUUGGAAUUUGCGAGAGAUCUCUCGAAGGCUUCUAAAUCAAGCGUGAGCACAGGGAUUCUGAACUCCACUGUGAGUCACCAGUGAGGUUUUGUGGCGCUGCUCACCUUCAAGAGUUUAAUGUAAAAAAACAAUGUAAAAAUUUGCUCUGGUUUCAGUCCUGUUCUGUAUAGCUUCAUCUUCUCUGGUUCUCUUCCUGCUCUGAUGCUGAUAUUACACUCUCAAUCGCUUUCAUUUUUUCUUGUUUUUCUUUUUUUUUUUUUCUUAAGGAUUGAGUCACCAAGUAGGAUGACUGCAACAUGUUUCAUCUGCCGGUGAAUAAAA